AUGUCCGCGCAGAGCCUCCUGCACAGCGUCUUCUCCUGCUCCUCGCCGGGCCCCGGAGGCGCGACCGCGGCCAAGGGCCACUCCAAGAGGAAACUGCGCCAGACCCGCAGCCUGGACCCGGCCCUGAUCGGCGGCCGUGGGGCUGAGGCAGACGCCGACAGCGAACGGGGGACGCCGGGCGGCCAUCUGUGUGUCCAGGCUGCUGAGGGUUCCGCGCCCCGCGGGACAUCCUCGCUCCGGGGCCCGCCCCCCCGGACUGCUCGCCUGCCGGCCCCCAGGCCCCUCUGCUCGUCGUUCUCCACCCCCAGUACCCCGCAGGAGAAGUCGCCGUCAGGCAGCUUCCACUUUGACUAUGAGGUGCCCCUGGGUCGAGGUGGCCUCAGGAAGAGCCCGGCCUGGGACUCGCCCUCGGGGCUGGCUGGCCCGGGCGGUGGCCGCAGCGCCACCAGCAUCCUCUGCCCCUCGGCUGGUGGCCCCAAUGGCAUCUUCACGUCUCCCAGAAGGUGGCUCCAGCAGAGGAAGUUCCAGCCGCCAGCCAAUCGCGGCCCCUCCUACGCCGUGUGGAAGUCCGAGGGUGAGUUCACCUGGAACAGCAUGUCGGGCCGCAGCGUGCGGCUGAGGUCAGUCCCCAUCCAGAGUCUCUCGGAGCUGGAGCGGGCCCGGCUGCAGGAAGUGGCUUAUUUACAGUUGCAGCAGGACUGUGACCUGAACUGUCAGAUCACCAUUCCCAAAGAUGGACAGAAGAGAAAGAAAUCUUUGAGAAAGAAACUGGAUUCCCUAGGAAAGGAGAAAAACAAAGACAGAGAAUUCAUCCCGCAGGCGUUCGGAAUGCCCUUAUCCCAAGUCAUCGCCAACGACCGAGCCUAUAAACUCAAGCAGGACUUGCAGAAGGAGGAGCAAAAGGAUGCGGCGGAUUCCGGGCCUUCUCUUCUCCCGUUUGGAAAUAAGAAACAAAACAAGGAACUCUCAAGCAGUAACUCAUCUCUCAGCUCAACCUCAGAAACACCCAAUGAGCUGGCAUCCCCAAACACCCCCGAGCCGGCUCCUCGGGCCAGGAGGAGGGGUGCGAUGUCAGUGGAUUCAAUCACGGAUCUCGAUGACAAUCAGUCUCGACUUCUAGAAGCGUUGCAGCUCUCCUUGCCAGCCGAGGCGAAAAAUAAGAAAGAAAAGGCCAGAGAUAAGAAACUCAGUCUGAACCCUAUUUACAGACAGGUCCCCAGGCUGGUGGACAGCUGCUGUCAGCAUCUAGAAAAGUACGGACUCCAGACAGUGGGGAUUUUCCGAGUUGGAAGCUCAAAAAAGAGAGUGAGACAAUUACGGGAGGAGUUCGACCGUGGGAUCGAUGUCACUCUGGAUGAGGAGCACAGUGUCCACGAUGUGGCUGCCUUGUUGAAAGAGUUCCUGAGGGACAUGCCAGACCCCCUUCUCACCCGGGAGCUGUAUACUGCCUUCAUCAACAUUCUGCUGUUGGAGCCAGAGGAACAGCUGAGCACCCUGCGACUCCUCAUCUACCUGCUACCUCCCUGCAACUGCGAUACCCUCUACCGCCUCCUGCAAUUCCUCUCCAUGGUGGCCAGCCAUGCCGAAGACAGCGUCAACAAAGACGGCCAAGAGCUGACUGGGAACAAAAUGACGACCCUCAACUUGGCCACCAUAUUCGGACCCAACCUGCUGCACAAGCAGAAGUCAUCGGACAAAGAGUUCUCGGUCCAGAGUUCGGCUCGCGCUGAGGAGAGUACGGCCAUCAUCGCCGUAGUGCAGAAAAUGAUCGAGAAUUAUGAAACCUUGUUCACGGUUUCCGCAGAUCUUCAGAACGAAGUGCUGAUCAGCCUGUUGGAGACCGACGCCGACGUUGUGGACUAUUUACUCCGAAGAAAAGCCUCACAGGCAUCAAGCCCUGACAUGCUGCAUUCGGAAGUUUCCUUUGCCCUGGGAGGGAGGCACUCAUCCAUAGAUUCCAACAAAGCCUCCAGCGGAGACAUCUCCCCUUAUGACAACAACUCCCCAGUGCUGUCCGAACGCUCCCUUCUGGCUAUGCAAGAGGACAUGGCGUCGGGGGGCUCGGAGAAGCUUUAUAAAGUGCCGGAGCAAUGCAUGCCAGUGAGCCAUUUGCCAUUGAAAUCCAGAGAAGGUUCUCCCGGACCAAGAGUCGGGAAAGGUAUGUCUGAGGACCCUUUCAAUAUCUGGGGAACCUGGCAUUCAACUUUAAAAACGGCAUCGAAAGACCCAGGAAUGACAGGUUCUUAUGGAGACAUUUUUGAAAGUAGCUCCCUCCGCCCCAGGCCGUGUUCCCUGUCUCAGGGGAACCUGUCCCUGAACUGGCCGGGGCGGCAGGAGAGCCCCGCAGAGCUAGAGGGUGGCCCGCUGGUCCCCCGGAGAACUCGGACGGCCACCAUGGCGGAGUGCGGGGCUCACCCUGCGGUGGCCCGUGCGUACAGCACGCUCCCCGGCCGCGCCCUGACGAUGGCCACCAUGGCGCCGAGCGGCGAAGAGCUGAGCCCAAGCGCGGCCGAGCCCGACGCGGCCAUGCGGCAGGCCGGAGCCCGGCCCCGAGCCCAGAGACCCGCGGAGAGCGGGAGGCUCGAGGGCAGGCCGCCGCCGCCCUACCCGGGGCCCGGGAAGCCGCCGGCAGAGUCCCAGCUGUGGCGGCGCCAGCGGCCCGACGAGGGCUCGGUCCGGCCCAAAGACAAGCAGAGACUGAGCAGCAGCAGCAGCGGCAGCGGCAGCGGCUGCACGGCCCCGAGCGCAGAGCAGAACCGGAGGAAAUUGGGAGAACCUAACUGGCUCGACUGGCAGAGAGAUCGAUGGCAAAUCUGGGAGCUCCUCUCCACCGACAACCCCGACGCCCUCCCUGAAACGCUGGUCUGA